CUUUUUCUUUACUCUGUUCUUCUUCUUCUUCUUUUCUUCAGUUCAGCAAAUAUUCCAACCUCUUCGCCACAUUGAAAUGGCCAAAGAUAAAAAAACGAAGAAAGCAUCUAAACCUUCAGGUGACAUUGAUGAUCUGCAAAAGGAAGUCGCUUCUUUCGCUUCCUCUCUCGGCCUCUCGUCUGCCCCUUCUACUACUUCCGGCUUCGAUGACUCUGAUUUCCGGAAACCUUCUCUGGCCAAACCCUUCAAAAAACAACUACCUAGUCAGAACUCCGAGAAAAGGAAUGAGAACGUUAAAGACAAGGUUCAAGACAAAAAAAUCAAACAAAAAGAGAAACUUCAUCCACCUCGGAGGAAUCCGUUAGACUUGGCCAAUAAUAAUUUAUCUAACACUUAUGACAAAUAUAAGGGUCUUCCUAAGCUGCCUCUUAUUAAAGCUAAUACUUUGGGAGUGUGGUAUGAGGUUGCUGCCCAACUGGAGGAGAAGUUGGUUGGGAACAAGAAGGUUGAGUGCAAGAGCGUUGAGGAAUGGAAGGCAUUAGUGCAGAAGAAAAAGGAAUUGGGAGAGAGGCUAAUGGCUCAGUACACUGCUGACUACGAGUCUUCUAGUGCAGAUGUGAAGAUGCUGGCUAACACACAGAGGUCUGGGACAGCUUCUGAUAAGGUCUCUGCCUUUUCUAUCUCUGUUGCAGAUAACCCUGUUGCAAAUAUGAGGUCGCUGGAUGUUCUUUUGGGAAUGGUUACAUCAAAAGUUGGCAAGCGACAUGCCCUGACAGGUUAUGAUGCCUUAAGGGAGCUCUUUGUUUCUAGUCUGUUACCUGAUCGCAAACUGAAGACGCUCUCUGUGCGGCCUCUAAAUCAUCUCCCUGACACGAAGGAUGGUCACUCUCUUCUGCUCUUAUGGUAUUGGGAGGAUUGCUUAAAGCAAAGGUAUGAACGGUUUGUUAUUGCUCUUGAGGAAGCUUCAAGAGAUGUGUUAGAUGCCCUCAAGGACAAGGCACUAAAGACUGUCUAUGUGUUGCUGAGGAGCAAAUCAGAACAAGAACGCCGACUGCUCUCUGCCUUAGUUAACAAACUGGGAGAUCCUAAUAACAAAGUUGCAUCUAAUGCUGAUUUUCACCUAUUAAAGCUCCUUGGAGAACAUCCAAAUAUGAAGGCUGUGGUGAUUGAUGAAGUCGACAAUUUUCUUUUCCGUCCUCAUCUGGGAAUGCGAGCCAAAUACCAUGCUAUCAACUUUUUGAGCCAAGUUCAGUUGAGUCACAGGGGAGAUGGUCCUAAGAUAGCAAAACGUUUGAUAGAAGUGUAUUUUGCCCUAUUUAAGGUAUUGAUUUCUGAGGCGGAUAGAGGACAAAAGAUGAACAAAAAGGAUGGAAGGAAAAAUUCAAAGGAUAAUGUAAAAGAUAGUGAAUUGGAAAAUACGCCGGAGUUGCAUGUGGAGUUGGAUUCGCGGUUAUUGUCAGCCCUUUUAACUGGUGUGAAUAGAGCCUUCCCUUAUGUUGCAAGUGUUGAAGCUGAUGAGAUUGUUCAGGCCCAGACACCUGUGUUGUUUCAGCUGGUUCAUUCUAAGAACUUCAAUGUCGGGGUUCAAGCUCUAUUGUUGCUUGAUAAGAUUUCAUCAAAAAAUCAAGUUGUCAGUGAUAGAUUUUACCGUGCCUUAUACUCAAAGCUGCUACUACCAGCUGCUAUGAAUUCUUCAAAGGAAGAAAUGUUUAUUGGCCUACUUCUAAGGGCCAUGAAAAAUGAUAUUAAUUUGAAACGAGUUGCUGCUUUUGCAAAGCGUUUGCUGCAGGUAUCUAUACAGCAGCAGCCUCAAUAUGCAUGUGGAUGCCUUUUCCUUCUCUCUGAAGUCCUCAAGGAAAGACCACCUAUUUGGAACAUGAUGCUUCAACUUGAUUCUGUUGAUGAUGACCUUGAACAUUUUGAAGAUGUUAAAGAAGAUGAAAAUCAAGAAAGUCCUACAACAAAUGGUGGAACAGUUGACGUGGAGAGAGCUGCUCAGCCAGAUGAUGAAUCAGAUAGUGGAAGUUCCUCCCUUGAGGAAGGCUCUUUUGAUUCCGAGGAUGACGGUCAACUUGAUGAUUUGUUUGCAAAAAGAGGCUCACGUGAACCAAAUAAAUCCACACCAAGCUCUGAUUUGAGCAAACUUGAAGCCCAAAGUAAAAACGGAAAUCUUUUUAUGCCAGGUGGAUACAACCCUCGGCACAGAGAACCUUCUUUCUGCAAUGCAGACCGAGUCAGCUGGUGGGAGCUCAUUGUAUUGGCUUCACAUGUCCAUCCAUCAGUGGCUACCAUGGCAAGAACACUGCUUUCAGGGGUCAACAUCGUUUACAAUGGGAAUCCCCUUAAUGACCUUUCAUUGACAGCAUUCUUGGACAAAUUCAUGGAAAAGAAACCAAAACAAAGCACGUGGCACGGUGCCUCCCAGAUUGAACCUGCCAAGAAGCUUGAGAUGAAUGAUCAAUUGUUUGGGGAACAAAUUCUCUCUUUAGCCGAAACAGAUGUUCCGCCUGAAGAUCUAGUCUUCCAUAAAUUCUACCUAAACAAGAUGAAGUCUUCAAAGAAACUGAAGAAAAAGAAGAAAACAAGAGAUGAGGAUGAUGUGGCAGAUGAGAUAUUAGACGGGCAAGUCAGUGAUGAUGAUGAAGACUUUGAUGUAGAUGAGAGUGACAAUGAAGAAAUUGACAACAUGUUGGACACCGCUGAUCCUGAUUUUGAGGAAGAUGGAGACGAAGAAGACUAUGAUUAUGAUGAUCUGGACAAGGCAGUUGAUGCAAGUGGUGAUGAAUUAGUUGAUGAUUUCACCGAUGAUGAUAGUGAUGUAAACAUCCCAUCAAACGUCUCAGAUGAGGAGCAUGAUGAUGACAGCAUUGAUCAUAAUCAUCUUAGGAAAAGGAAUGAGAAGACACUCAAGCGUAAAACAACAUCUCCUUUCGCCGAUCUUGAAGAGUAUGAACAUCUCUUAGAGGACGAGGACCCUACAGAAGUAACUGGUGAAAAGAAAAACAAGGAAAAGAGGAAGAAAAAGAAGAGUAAGAAGGUAUCUGGAUGAGCAACUCCAUCUUAUGCUUUCAGGUUCACUGCGUGAAAGUUGAUUGGAAUGAUGUGUAACUUUUAGUCGGUUAGUAUCAUCAAAGAAGAGCGUGCAUGUAUGUUGUGAGAAAUCUAUGACAAAUCUGAAGUUAGCAUGUAGCAUUAAAACACAUUAAUGUGAUAGGCAUAUCUGUUAACUCUCAAAUUUAUUUUAAAUGUAACGAAUCAUUAAACUUUGUUUUUCUAUCACUAUUUACGUGGAAGUGCGAGUGAACGUUUUGGAGCCUGUUUGCAAUGGUUAAUUAGUUUAGUUGGCUAAUUUUGUUAAAUUUCAAUGAGAAAACUUUCAAAAAAG